AUGGUUUCGUUAGAGUCUAUUCGCACUUCGAACUUGGAGGCCCGCAACUUGGAGAACUUGGUGGCUGUCUUUGUCGGUGGUACACAUGGUGUCGCUGAAAGCACAGUGAAAGAGCUGUUCCUACGGGCCACAACGCCGCGGGCAUACAUCAUCGGCAGGAGUCAGGAUGUAGCAGAUAAGCUCUGCAAGGAGCUCGAAGACCUGAAUCCGGGUUCAAAGGCUGUCUUCAUCAAGAAAGACAUCAGCAUAUUGAAAAAUGUGGAUGAGGUAUGCGAGGAGCUGCAAAGACGAGAAAAGAAAAUCAACAUUCUUUUCUUGUCUGCUGGUUACAUGUCACUCGGUGGCCGAUCUGAAACACCAGAAGGACUCGAUCACAAAAUGGCCGUCAACUACUACUCUCGAAUACGCUUUGCCAUGAACCUCAUGCCUCAGCUGACAGAAGCUUCCAAUCAAAAAGAGCUCUCACGUGUUCUCACAGUACUUGCAGCAGGAUCCGAAGCAGACAUUGACAUGGAUGAUAUGGACCUCAAAAAGAAUUACACUCUACAUGCAUGCCUUUCGCACUGUGUCAUGAUGACCGAUUUCAUGAUGGAGGAACUGGCCAAGAGAUACCCGCAUACCUCCUUCAGUCAUUCCUACCCUGGUACUGUCAAGUCUGGAAUCACAAAUUCACUCACUGGGCCUAUCAGACUCGGUGUGAAGGUGCUCUACUCCGUCAUGACACCCUGGAUCUUGAACUUCAGAGAGAGCGGCGAGAGGCAUCUUUUCCAGAUCACAAGCUCAAUGUACAAAGCCAGAAAUGGAUCCGUCGGAUCUAUACCUUUGAAUGGCGGUCUGGAUAUUGCUGUUGGUAUUGAUGGAGUCAAGGGAAGUGGGGCUUACCUACUUGACUGGGAUGGCAGACCGGCGGGCGACAUGGCGGUUAUCAACAAAUACCGAGACAUGAACGCUGGACCCAAGAUAUGGGAGCACACAAUGACGGCCAUCAAGAAAGCUACGUCGAGGAAGAGACUGGCUGAAGAUGACGCGCAGGAGGAACAGAAGCGGAGAGAACAGCAUGCUGCUGGGGCACCAAACUUGGCUGGUUGGAGAGCUGGAUGA